GUUAGUGGCUCUGUGGUUCGCAGCUAGUUUCAGUCUUACCUUUUUUAUUAUGACUCAUAAAGGGACAAAAUCAUAAUUGUAUAGGAUUUAUUUUUGAUGACAAUUGAAUUUAUGCAGUACAAAAACUUAAACAUUCCACUUUACAAGGAGUCAUCUGGAUCAGUAAGCAAAUAUGAACAAAGAAAGAGACAAGUCUGCAAGUACAAAACCUAUUUCAAAAGAAGAUGUAUCUAUCACCGAUCCAGUGGGUCGUUUAAAAUCCUUCACUGACUCUCACUCCGCCGUUGAAAUCAACCCGGAUUAUGCUGCAAUAAGGUACUAUCGAACAGGAAUUGAAAUGAAUAGAAUGGCAGCAGUGUACUUGAAAGAAGGCAGCCUGGAAUCCGCAUAUGGAUUAUAUAUGAAAUUCUUAACUUUAUUCUUAGAAAAAAUUAUGCAUCAUCCGCAGUAUAAUAUGGUGUCAGCAGCAGAGAAAGCGAAAAAUAAGGAAAUGUUGAAGCAGAUCAUCCCCACAGCUGAAGAGUUAAAGAAAAAAUUAUUGGAGCAGUAUAAACAGGACGCGGCUGUAGCAAUUGAAAGACUGAAACAACAACAAAAACAGGAAGAAGAAGAGAGACUUCGAGCGAGUGAAUUGAAAGAUAAAACUCCGAAUUUCCGAUCUGCAACUCCUAGUAGUGAUUACGAUUGUUUCGAUCCAGCUCCAUUCAGUAAAUUAGAUGACUCGAAUUUUCCGGUCUUCGAUCGAUCUUUGAAACCAACGUCCUUCCCUACUCUCAAGUUUGGUUUGAGGCAGAUGACCAUGCCUUCUAAGAUGAUGACUGAGUUUUUAAAAUUAUCCCAUCCGAAUACCAUCAAUAACAAGGAGACAUGCGGAAUUUUGGCUGGUAGUUUAGUCAGAAAUCAACUAUUUGUUACUCAUUUACUCAUUCCACAACAAAUGGGAUCUUCAGACUCGUGCGUUACUCAUAAUGAAGAAGAUAUUUUUGAUUACCAAGAUCAACAUAGUCUUAUUACUUUGGGAUGGAUACAUACCCAUCCUACCCAGACAGCAUUUCUCUCCAGCGUGGAUCUCCACACACACUGUGCCUAUCAGCUCAUGAUGGCUGAAGCAAUUGCAGUUGUUUGUGCACCAAAAUACGAAGAGACGGGCUUCUUUAUGCUAACUCCUGAGCAUGGAUUGAAUUUCAUAGCUCGUUGUAGAGCUACUGGAUUCCAUCCACAUCCUAAUGAAAAAUCUCUUUAUACGCAUGCAGAUCACUGCAAACUCGAUGCAACGGCAAAUGUGACUGUCGUUGACCUGCGAAAGACGUCUUGAGAAAAAAAGAAAUUUGAGUUAUGUAAUAAUAUAAAAAUCAUCAAAUGUGUAACGUAUCCACUGCUUCAUGAGUCAAUUAAUAUUUACUAGAUUCUUUCAUUCAUUUAUGAAUGGUAGAAAAAUUUAUUCGCUGAAAAUGGUUCUUAUAUUUUCAAAUCAUUGUGCUUCAUUGAAGACAUGAGUUAAUCUCUGUAUAUAAAAUUUAUAAUGAUCUUGAAGAAUCAGAAAAAAGUUAUAUAAAUUGGAAAUAAAUUCCUUCUAUCAUCUAGUCACUGA